AUGAAAUGUACUAUUCCUGAAUCAGUUCCUGCUACAUUAAUAAAAAUAACGGAACGUAUUCUUGAGACACGUGAUGAGAUAUGGAGUAACCCCGCAUUUAUGACUAGUAUGUCUCGUAGUGAACAGAGUGCGUCAUGUAGAUCCGUCAGCAACCAAUUUGGAAUUGCAGGGAUUCAGAUUGCCGGUACAGAUAUGCGUCUCAACGUUCUUGUAAAGGACUUGGCUGGCUUACCGAGAUAUUUCCAUUUCGACAAUUCUGAAAUCCCAUUAUCACCCCCAUACGUUGCAUACCAAAUCUCUAUUAACUUUGAGAAACAUUAUGAUCGUAAACAAAAGCUUAUUAGUACAGGCAUUAGAACAAGCUAA